AUGAUUACCAAGAUGUCGCUCUCUCUAUACAUCAUUCAUCUUCUCAUAUUCUCCUUGAUUUCCACUUAUGUUAUCAGCAACCAGGAGGAGGAUAAUCUUCUUCAAGGACUGAACAGCUACAGAACUGCACAAAGCGUUCCACCUUUUGCAAAGAACGAUAAAGCUGAUUGUGUGGCAGAUGAGAUAGCCGACAAGCUUGAAGAUGAGCCAUGCACAAACCACACCACAGCCAGCACAAUUACUCCUGGUUCUGUCCCUCCACGGUUAUCGAACUACCAAGACAUUCUCUCUGAGUGCAAGGUCGACCCAAAUAGUACCCGUGAUGGAUUGAUAUUACCAGUUUGUAUCCCUAACCGGGUACCUACACUAGUUCUAACCAAUUACACCCACACUGGUUAUGCUCGGUAUCUUAACGAUUCAAGAUAUGUUGGAGCUGGUGUUGGUUCGGAGAAAGAGUGGAUGGUAGUUGUGUUGACCACAAGUACUCCAGGUGGAAGCUUCUUAACUGGGGAAGCAACGUCACUAAGAGUUAUGGCUGGCUUAGGUUUAAUGGGGCUGUUGUUUAAUUGCCUUCUAGUCCUGUGA